AUGCUGCUAUCUGGCGCCAGGAUGAUGGCUUCUACGAUGCAAUAUUUUUUUCGAAAUAUCUAAAGAAAAAUGAAAAUUAAGGAUGACCAAGGCUCGCGUUGGAAUCAACGGUUUCGGCCGCAUCGGACGUCUCGUCCUGCGGGCGGCCGUCGAGAAAGACUCGGUAGAGGUCGUGGCGGUGAACGAUCCGUUCAUCGACAUCGACUACAUGGUCUACCUCUUCCAAUACGACUCCACCCAUGGCCGCUUCAAGGGAACCGUCUCCCACGAGGGCAACACCUUGAUCGUCGCCAAGGACGGCAAAUCCACUCACAAGAUCAAGGUUUUCACUGGAAAGGGCCUUUAAAUUCAUGUUCAUUUGUAGGUCUUCAACAGCAAGGACCCCGCCGAGAUUAAAUGGGGAGAAUCUGGCGCCGAUUAUGUUGUUGAAUCGACCGGCGUCUUCACCACCAUUGAGAAGGCUUCGCUCCAUUUGAAGGGUGGUGCCAAGAAGGUUGGUUAAAAAAAGUGCAAUUGUAAAAAAAUAUAUUUUCGCAGCACAGAUUGACCAUGAGAAAAAUGUAGCCAUUUAGUAAUCAAUUUAGCAGUUUUCCCGGUUUUUGAGUAUUCACUGAACGCUUCGAGUUAGUCUUUAAACGCCUGACUGGAAAAUUGAAAAAUAUCAAUUCUCGUGUCGCGGCAUUUCUACUGACCCCUUUAGCGGUGUCAGAACUCUCGAGGGAUCCCUAGAAUUUCUCAGAAACAUACGGAGAACCUCCUUUCGCGUUACCAAUGUCUGAGUACAUUCUAAAUCUUGACAGAAGCACUUUUUUUUCGCACUUUCCGGAAAACUUCAAGAUCUUCCUAUUUUGAAUAACCUUCUGGAUGGGAUUUGCUUAAGAAGAGGAAAAAUCACUCAAUUUUCCAGGUCAUCAUCUCGGCCCCAUCCGCCGACGCCCCCAUGUUCGUGAUGGGCGUCAAUCACGAGAAGUACGACGUCGCCAACGACCACGUCAUCAGCAACGCCUCGUGCACCACCAACUGUCUGGCGCCGCUGGCCAAGGUGAUCAACGACAACUUCGGCAUCAUCGAAGGCCUGAUGACGACGGUCCACGCCGUCACCGCCACGCAGAAGACCGUCGACGGACCUUCCGGAAAGCUGUGGCGCGACGGCCGCGGCGCCGGCCAGAACAUCAUCCCCGCCGCGACUGGGGCCGCCAAGGCCGUCGGCAAGGUCAUUCCUGAGCUCAACGGCAAGCUGACUGGAAUGGCCUUCCGCGUGCCAACUCCCGAUGUUUCUGUCGUCGAUCUGACGGCUCGUCUGGAGAAGCCGGCCACCAUGGAUGCCAUCAAGAAGGUGAAUAUCUGAAGAAUUUUGUCUGAAUUUGAAAGCUUCUUAUUUUUAAAACAAUCAAGUAUACGAAAAAUGUCUAACAAGGAGAUAAGUUAGAAAAAGAGACCUCCACCUUCCUUUUACAGGUGAUCAAGGAGGCGGCCGAGGGACCGCUCAAGGGAAUCCUUGGCUACACCGAGGAUCAGGUCGUCUCGACGGACUUCGUCUCCGACACACACUCGUCCAUCUUCGACGCUGGCGCUUGCAUUUCGCUCAACCCCAACUUCGUCAAGCUCAUCUCCUGGUACGACAACGAGUUCGGCUACUCGAACCGCGUCGUCGACCUCAUCUCCUACAUCGCAACCAAAGCUUAG